AUGAUGAAAGGAUAUAUAACAACAAGAGGACUGUCUUACAAACUCCCACGAAUACCCGUCGAAUGUCGCCAUUUACAAAUAAACAGUGAACAGGAAGAUCUGACCAAUUAUAAACCCACUUCAAUGGAGAUAUCAUAUCGAUUACCCCUCCCCGACUCCCGAACUUAUGGCGUGAAUGUUGACAUGUGUCUUCCUGAAGUUUACUUUACCCCACAUGUUCAAGACUUUGGUUGUUUUCCACAAGACACAGAAUUGUUUGGCUUUGACAAAAAGUUUGUUCUAAAAUACAAGUUAAGGAUAUAA